GGGCAAGCCACCCUGCGUUCUCAAGUUUGUUCUCUGUGUCUGGUUCCUUUUGCUUUCUCCCCUCAUUUUCAGCUCUGGGUCUUCCUAGCUCCUGAAAUCAAGUCUGGUACCCCAAAUGUGCCUGGAGACAUCCUGAAGAGGCUAAGGGGCUGAGGAGCCUUAGGGCUAUGCCUACGCAGAGCCAGAGAAUUUUCCUGCUGUUUGAUGAGUUUUCAGAUUGGGGUCGCCCUCCCUCUGCCCUGUCAGUUAAAGCCCCUUUCCAAGGAUAUCAAAACUGGUAACAGAGACUGCCCCAGGAAGGAAAGAGUAUCCUCUGAUUUUUACUUCACCUCAAUCCCUGUUGCUAUGGAGACCACCAAUGGGACUGAGACAUGGUACAAGAGUCUGCACGCUGUGCUGAAGGCCCUAAAUGAGACUCUCCACAGCAACUUGCUCUGCCGGCCAGGGCUGGGGCCAGGGCCAGGGCCAGACAACCAGACUGAGAAACGGCAAACCAGCCUACUUGGCCGUGAUGACAACUCCUACAUGUACAUUCUCUUCGUCAUGUUCCUGUUUGCUGCCACAGUGGGCAGCCUCAUUCUGGGAUACACCCGCUCCCGGAAAGUGGACAAGCGCAGUGACCCCUACCAUGUGUACAUCAAGAACCGUGUGUCUAUGAUCUGAGUUUGGAGGCCGAGAAUGGCACUAGAUGAAGGCACUUGAGGCUUGUCUUUCUGAGGCCUCCAGAACUCAGAUGGAGACCACAUCAGGUCUCAGUGUCCCUAUCUGUGAGAUCAGUAAGAAACAGUGCUAAGGGAGGUCACCAUGGGGUGAAAGGAGAGGGGCGGACAGAGUUCGGCCUUGUGGAUAAGGAUUUUUUCCAGGUAAAGUUAGACUUUAUAAACAAUGGGAGCCUUGUGAACAAACAUAGAAAUAGCAAAGGAUAAUGAUCAGUGACUAAUCCAGUAGUUGGGGUGUCGGGGGAUAAGUCUUGGAGGAAAGAGAAGAGGAAGUUGUAGCAGAAGGAAAUGAACAGGAAGAUGGACUAAGGACAUUUUUUUGUGUGUGUUAUCUUCAACAACCAUGAGAAGCAGCAAUGAUUAUCCUAUAUUACAGAUAGAUUAUAUUUGCUCACAAAUUUAAUCUGUAUUUGUUCACAUUUUAUAUUUUUCAACACAUUUAAUAUUUGUGAUUUCACCCCCCUGUGAGGUAAGCAGGGAAACCCUG